CUGCCUGAACCCUGUAAAAGCUAAGGAGCAUGUCGAUCGUAUUCAUCGAUUUCGCAUUCUUGUCAUGGGCAGAGCAAAUGCAGGUAAAACGACAAUCCUGCAGAGGGUCUGUAACACUACAGAUCAACCAGAAAUUUUUAAUGGAGAAGGACAGAAGGUUGAUCCUACUGUGGUGCAGGGUUCGUCAAAGGUGAGGCCUGUGUGGGCAGUCAUACAGCAAACUGUUGAAUGUAUCCAGCGUGGCUACCACAACAUUGAGGAUGAGCUGGUCUUUCAGAACAAUCCAUGCUAUGUAUUCCAUGAUUCAAGGGGAUUUGAGGCUGGAAGUGAAGAGCAGUUCGACAUGAUGAGGAAAUUUGUGAUGGAUCAAAUACAUGCCAUUUGGUUUUGCAUUGCAUUGACUGACAUCCACAGGAUGGUUACAGCUGCUGAGAAAAAGUUUUUCCAGGA